UCCCUUUGGAACAAAAGCUUGAGUGGAAUAUAAUGCUAUUUUGGUUAUUGAUGAGUAGAGAGGUGUGACCCUAUAGUGCUGCAGAAAUAGAGUUUCAGGACUGUGGAAAUUCAAUCUGCUAAACCCUGAUGGUGUUUAUUCGUUUCUAAUUUAUUUAUGCAACUAGCCUGUUGUUGAUUUAUAUUGCAGCCAUGUUCACAGACAACAAACACACACACACACACACACACACACAACGCACAGAUCCCAAGAAACAAUACAACACAAUGACAACGCAAACACAUAAGAAUUGGUAUAACAAUAAUAAAACCACUCAAUGUUUACUCCCAAUGGCAGCAGAAUAGGCACACUAGUAUUAUCAGAAUAAUGAGGAUUUUGGUCAUUAGAUGAACCAGUUACCUGGCUACACAUGCUACUGUAGCUGUAGUAAUUUAAACAUACGCUGUCUAUGCAAACUAAGGAGAAAUAUCUGAAGUUCAGAGACCUGUGGCGGGUGCAGCACAGUAAAGGGGGAAGCGAGCUGAUCUCUUGAUGGAUGGUAGGUGCCUUGCGGAUGUCAUCCGAUCCAUCUGGGCCGACCACCGCUAGACCUUGAGGCGUCUGGCCCUUUAAAAGCGGAGCGGCCGGCUCUCGCCCUUCCGCAGAACCGAGGGAGCGCCAUAUGGCUCCUUCUUGUCCUCUGCACUGGCAGCUGUGAGCCCGCUCGACGUCACAGUCCGAGGACAGCAGGGACUUCAGGUUCAACUCGCAUCCAGAUCGGGACUUCCUCCGGGGCGGCAGGUGGCCAGAUGACACGGCCGAGGAGCUCACCGGCGCCCGGGAGCCGUCUCUCCCUUUAGGCCGAACGCGGAGAGGGGUGCCUGCUGGGUAAACUGACCUGCUUGCUCGUCCAGCGGUUACCGAAAGGCAGAGGAUGAGAUGUCCGGGACCACCUCCCAGGCGGACCCCGUAGACGGCACCGCGCGGACGGUGCUGCUCAACUCGCCACAGAACACCAAGUUCUGCGACAACCACGUCAGUACCACCAAGUAUGGCAUUCUCACCUUCCUACCUCGGUUCUUGUACGAGCAGAUCAGACGGGCAGCCAAUGCCUUCUUCCUGUUCAUCGCACUCAUGCAGCAAAUCCCCGACGUGUCGCCGACCGGUCGCUACACCACUCUGGUGCCGCUCAUCUUCAUCCUCACGGUGGCCGGCAUCAAAGAGAUCAUUGAGGACUACAAAAGACACAAAGCGGACAACACCGUGAACAAUAAGAAGACGACAGUGCUGCGCAGCGGAGCCUGGCAGACGAUCAUAUGGAAACAGGUGGCAGUAGGAGACAUAGUGAAGGUGACCAAUGGCCAGCACCUUCCAGCUGACAUGGUCAUUGUGUCCUCCAGCGAGCCGCAGGCCAUGUGUUACACUGAGACCUCCAACCUGGAUGGAGAAACCAACCUGAAGAUCAGACAGGGUCUCUCACUCACGGCCGCUUUUCAGACCCUGGAGGAUUUGAUUGCGCUCUCUGGUCGUUUGGAGUGCGAAGAACCCAAUAGACACCUGUACGACUUCACCGGCACACUGCGGCUGGAGAACCAGAAUCCAGCUCCUCUGGGUCCAGACCAGGUGUUGCUGCGCGGCGCCCAGCUCAGAAACACCCAGUGGGUUGUGGGAAUUGUUGUCUACACUGGCCAUGACUCCAAACUGAUGCAGAACUCCACUAAGGCACCACUGAAGCGCUCUAACGUGGAGCGGGUGACCAACAUGCAGAUCCUGGUUUUGUUUGGCAUCCUGCUCGUCAUGGCCCUGAUCAGCUCAGUGGGCGCAGCCAUCUGGAACGACAAACACACUGAAGAUUCCUGCUGGUACCUGUCCAGGGCUGGUGACAUCUCCACUAACUUUGCAUAUAACCUGCUGACAUUCAUCAUCCUGUACAACAACCUGAUCCCCAUCAGCCUGCUGGUCACUCUGGAGGUGGUCAAGUUUACACAGGCCCUCUUCAUCAACUGGGACAUGGAGAUGUACUACGCAGAGACGGACACGCCGGCCAUGGCUCGAACUUCAAAUCUUAAUGAGGAACUGGGCCAGGUGAAGUAUCUCUUUUCCGACAAGACCGGAACUCUGACCUGUAACAUCAUGCACUUCAAGAAGUGUACUAUUGCGGGAAUUACAUAUGGCCACUUCCCUGAUCUUGACUGUGAUCGUUCAAUGGAUGACUUCAGCAAUCUGCCGGCCAGCAGCAACAACUCGACAGAGUUUGACGACCCGACUCUCGUCCUAAACAUUGAGAGCCAUCCGACAUCCCCUCAGAUCUGUGAGUUUCUGACGAUGAUGGCCGUGUGCCACACGGUGGUCCCGGAGCGAGAGGACAACCAGAUCAUUUACCAGGCCUCAUCUCCAGAUGAAGGAGCGCUAGUCAAAGGUGCAAAAGGGCUCGGCUUCGUCUUCACCGCUAGAACCCCUCAUUCAGUCAUCAUUGAAGCUAGAGAGAAAGAGAUGAUCUAUGAGAUCUUAAAUGUGCUGGAGUUUUCCAGUAACCGCAAACGCAUGUCUGUGGUGGUCAGAACCCCCAUUGGAAAGCUUCGACUGUACUGCAAAGGAGCGGAUAAUGUCAUUUUUGAGCGUCUGACUGACGCUUCCCAGUACAAAGAAUUAACUCUUUCUCAGCUGGAACAGUUUGCUACUGAAGGACUGAGGACCCUGUGUUUCGCAUACGUGGACCUGGAGGAAGACGCCUACCAGGAGUGGCUGAAGGAAUACAAUCGUGUCAGCACGGUGCUCAAAGACCGCGCUCAGAAACUCGAGGAGUGCUAUGAGCUACUCGAAAAGAAUUUACUUCUUUUGGGCGCCACGGCCAUAGAGGACCGUCUGCAGGCCGGCGUGCCAGAGACCAUCGCCACCCUGAUGAGGGCCGACAUCAAGAUCUGGGUCCUCACGGGAGACAAGCAGGAGACCGCCAUCAACAUAGGUUACUCCUGUCGCCUGGUGACACACGGCAUGUCCCUCAUCAUUGUCAACGAGGACUCUCUGGAUGCUACCCGCGCCUCUCUGACCGCUCACUGUUCGUCCCUGGGCGACUCGCUGAGGAAGGAGAACGAGCUGGCGCUGAUCAUCGACGGCCAGACGCUGAAGUACGCGCUCUCCUUCGAGCUACGCCAGGCCUUCCUUGACUUGGCGUUGUCCUGCAAGGCUGUCAUCUGCUGCCGAGUGUCGCCGCUGCAGAAGUCUGAGAUCGUGGAUAUGGUGAAGAAGCACGUGAAGGCGAUCACGCUGGCGAUCGGCGAUGGUGCCAACGACGUGGGCAUGAUUCAGACGGCUCACGUCGGAGUGGGGAUCAGUGGCAACGAGGGCAUGCAGGCCACCAAUUCCUCCGACUACUCCAUAGCACAGUUCUCCUACCUGGAGAAGCUGCUAUUGGUCCACGGGGCGUGGAGCUACAACCGUGUCACCAAGUGCAUCCUCUACUGUUUCUACAAGAAUGUGGUCCUCUAUAUUAUCGAGCUGUGGUUCGCCUUCGUGAACGGCUUCUCUGGACAGAUCCUAUUUGAGCGCUGGUGCAUCGGCCUCUACAACGUGAUAUUUACUGCGCUGCCCCCGUUCACUCUGGGGAUAUUCGACCGGCCGUGCAGCCAGCAGAAUAUGCUCCGUUUCCCACAGCUCUACCGGAUCACUCAGAAUGCCGAGGGCUUCAACACCAAGGUGUUUUGGGGUACUUGUAUCAAUGCACUGAUUCAUUCCGUUAUUCUCUUUUGGUUUCCACUCAAAAUGUUGGAGCAUGAUUCUCCGUUCAGUGACGGUCAGGGAAAUGACUACCUGUUUGUUGGGAACAUGGUCUACACAUAUGUGGUAGUUACAGUAUGUCUGAAAGCUGGAAUGGAGACCACAGCUUGGACCAAGUUUUCCCACCUGGCGGUGUGGGGAAGCAUGGCGCUCUGGAUGGUCUUCUUCGCUGUCUACUCUGCAAUCUGGCCCACCAUCCCCAUCGCCCCUGACAUGCUGGGCCAGGCUGGCAAGGUGAUGCAGUGCUGGUACUUCUGGCUGGGCCUGGUCCUGGUGCCCACUGCGUGUUUAGUCAAAGACUUCGCUUGGAUCACCACACGUCGCACCGUGAGGAAGUCUCUCCUGGAGGAGGUGCAGGAGUUGGAGGCCCGUGCUGUAGAUCCAGGGGCAGCUGUACUCAGGGACGCCAGCGGCCGCAGUCUAAACGAACGGGCCCAUCUGCUGACAAGAGUCUUUAAGAAAACGCCUUCCAGCGUCGGACGCUCCAACUCGGUGCAGCAGACUGUGUCACACGGCUACGCCUUUUCUCAAGAGGAGCACGGCGUCGUUUCCCAAUCCCAGGUAGUAAUCCCAGGUAGUGCGCUCUUAUGACACCACCCGCGAACGCCCCAGCCUCUAGCGCCACCCCCAAACCGAGGCUUACCAUGGCAAUGGUUAUAAAGGGGAUUGGCGGAGACAGACUUAUGUGAGGGGAUCGACCUCCUCCCCACCCCCCCCCCCCCCCCCCUCUGCUUCCUUGCUGUGGCCUUAACGGAACUACGACCCGACCCCCUCCGCCGGAAGGUGGGUGUCACGGUCAGCCGUGGAGGCCGUCGCCGGCGCACAUAGGAUUCACUUGAGGCAAGGGACCAGGCCGACUUCAUAAAAAAGACGCAUUAAAGACGCAUUAAAUCCGCAUCCGCUGCACAGGCAUGAGCAAUCCUAUCCCUCCACAGACACCACAAGGCCAGGUCAGAGACUGCUGCUGAUCCCUGUAUACCCCACAGAGUGGGGUUGCUUCAUGCCGCUGUGUUAUCCGUGGGUGUAUGUGUGUGUCUGUGUGUGUGUCUGUAUCUGCCUGUGCAUGUACGCCUGCACGCAUUUGCGCUCCUGUGUUUGUGUGCAUGUGCGUUUGCUUCCACGGCUCCCCCCCCCCCCCCCCCCCCCCCCCUUCUCUGAUGCAUACACACGCACUGAUGAAUUCCAAAACGGGAAGGAAAGAGGGAGGACCGCCAGAGCCCUGAACCCUACAGCUACAGGACUCCCCCCCCCCCCCCCCCCCCCCCCCCCCAUCUCGUCCCAUCGCAGCAACAAGCCUCACUGCCAAACACCGUGGAGAUGCCACUGAGGCAGAGCCCCCUAAACCGGACCGCUGCCGCCCCUCCCACCACACCGAGUCGUCCUCUAGCUUAUUUCUCCUUGUACCUUCGUGUCUUCCCUCUUAUCGUUCCAUCUCCCAGCCGCCCUGCGGCCUCCACGUCCCCCCUCCCUCCCCUCCCCUCCCCUCCUUCCCACUCUUAUCCUGUCUCAUCAUCUGGGCCAGUUUUUAACAAACCACGUUGUUUCCUGUUGUUUCUGGCCGCUCCCGUAAUUCCUGAGGCUGCCCGUCAAGCCUCGUCAGCUGACUCAGGAGCAGUGAGUCCGGCAUUAAAGCUUCCUCAGUUGGUUUUUUCUUGGAUUUCCAUUAUUACUGGACUGUUAAUUUUUUUAAUUAUUAAAGUUUACGUGUAUGUGUUUA